AUGGCAGCAUUUAGAUUCGAGAGAGUAGCGAUGUUGCUAUGGUUCGACAUCAUCGCUUUAUAUGCGAUAUGGAUGUUGAUGCCAUACUUGAGCUCCGUUUGGGAUGUGAGUAUAAGCCGAGCCGCUGCAAUCGUCAACAUCUUCUGGAGUUUCGUCUUGCUAUCUCCAUUCUUCAUCGCUAUCUUAAUCGACACGGUCAUGUGCUACUAUUGGUCAGUCAUCGUCUCAACCGUUUCUCUUAGUGCCGGAUUAGGAUUUUUAGCAAUGUCAACUCCACCAGUCCUAGCACACAUUUCGGGAAACUGCAGCGAAUACAGCGCAGAAUGCAUCGGGCAAGGCCAACGGGUACUUCUCUACAUGUCUUUGCCUUUGAUAGCUUUUGGGAUGGCUGGGCAUUUUGAUUCUUUGUACGAAUUCAUGAGAGAGCAGUUCAGGAAAGGAGAAGCAAUAAUAGACGACCGAAUUAGUAUGGAGUUUGAUGGGCUAGUGUUACGUUUCUCUGGUUUAUCUUCUUCAGUGUUCACUUUGAUUGCGGUGUUAGGACUACCCUACAUUAAGCCCUGGUCUCUUCGGUUCGGGAUUCCAGCUAUAUGCAGUCUUGUGGCCGCUGUCCUGUUUUUCAGCGCCGCGUCUACUUUCAAGUUUAUCGGGCGGCCAAUUGGAGGAGUAAGCCCUUUUAUGACCUUCUUUAAAGUGCUUUUCGCCGCGUUUUCCAAGUUGUUCUACACAAUCCCUACCGAUGCUUGGGAAUUAUACGAGAUCCAAGAUAAUUCACAACUUCACUUUGUUCCCCAUUCCAGAAGCCUCAGGUGGUUGGACAAGGCUGCGAUUGUAAUACCGAAACCUAUACCGGAACAGACGUGGAGACUUUGCAGGGUGACACAAGUGGAAGAGGCUAAAGCAAUCACACGCAUGAUUCCCGUAUGGAUGACUUUCGUCUUAUGCGGUGUUGUUUCAUCGAUGCCAUACACCUUCUUCAUGGAGCAGUUGGACCACAUGAACCCCAAAAUCGUGGGAGUCAAGGUUCCGAUUCUAGUCCUCAUCUGGUUCCAAUCAAAAGUCAUACAACAUUGUACGCUAGUCUGUAUUAGAAUCCAACCAAAUCUCUUCGUAUCAAGGGUGAGAAUGUCCGGUUUUGUCGGGAUUGUGAUAUCCAUGAUAGUCGCGAUUCUUUGCUGCAUAACUUGUGCUAAGGUGGAGAGUCAAAGGCUUGACCAUGUCCGAAAGCAAGUGGGGUCCCUUAGCAUGUUUAUGUUGCUCCCACAGAUGAUUUUGUUAGGGGUGUUUCGCUUUAUUUUCGACGUUAGUGUUUUAUGCCUCUUCAGUGUCAAAGAUUCCGAUGUGGUGAUGGACAGGUACUUGCCGAUUUUCAUCUCCUGCGUGUUGGGUGUCGGGUGUCUAGCCAAUAGUGUGUUGGUGUUUGUUGUGGGGAAGAUUAGUGAAAGGGGAGGCAAAAUGAAUUGGUUUCAACAUGAUUUGGAUCAAAGUAGGCUUGAUAAGUACUAUUACACAUUGGCUUGGCUCAUGGCGGUUAAUCUUGUCGCGUUUAUAGUUGUGGCUGCACUGCAUCGUUUUAAUGAAUGGAAGUUGGAAGAUGAACAAGCGGCUGCGCAAUCCGGUCAGCCGUACGUUAGCAGUAAUCAAGAAUGUUGUUUCUGCUGCUGCUGCUAG